ACGAUCGUCAGACUUCCAGUCCACCUGGAAAACUAUCACAAUGUGUAUUUUGAACCUGGACAGGUACUAGAGCGGGUGCAAAACGCCGCCCUGGCUCGAACCAAACUCACGGCCUUUUUCGAACUCAACACGACCGACGUCGAAGCUAGACAGUACCUGUACCAAGAGAUACCGGUACACUACACUUGGAACGCGACACGUAGAAUGUGGUCACGACGGCGAAGACGGGUGACAUACGAGACGUUGGCUCGAAUGUACGUCGUCAACCCACUUGAUCGAGAUCGUUUCCAUUUGCGACUGCUACUUCUGCACAAGAGAGGCCCACAGUCUUUCCGGGACAUGAGGACAGUUGACGGGGUAGAGUAUCCAACCUACGGGGCAGCAGCCGUCGCGAUGGGACUUUUGGAAGACGACCGAGCUUUGCUGGCGUGCAUGGCCGAAUCGGCAACAUUGGACACUCCAGCCCAGCUUCGUUACCUGUUCGUGACGAUGCUAUUGUUUUGCGAGACCGCAAACCCAUUAGCGUUGUAUCAGGUAAGCGAAACACACAUAAUGGAGGACUUCAAUCACCGAUUGCGAGACGUCGACCGCGCGAGAGCGGCGUGUUUGGACGCAAUCGACCAGCUGCUUCGGGGUCACGGAAAAUCGCUCGCGGACUACGGUUUGCCACUACCGGACGUCGCACUGUUGGAAGAAGACCCGGACGACGACAUGUUCGGUGCAAUAGACGCGACGGUACGCUGGGCCGAACAACUGCAUAACUUGAACGACGAACAACGUGCAGUGUUCGAUCGUGUGAUGGCGGCUGUAGACGACAACAGAAACGUCGCCAAACUCUUCUACGUCGACGGCCCCGGAGGAACAGGUAAAACGACACUAUACGGAUGCCUCAUAUGGUCACUUCGCAACCAAGGGCGAUCCGUGUUGUCUGUGGCUUUUACAGGAAUCGCUGCGUCGCUCAUGGACGGCGGCAUGACGGUGCACUCGACGUUCGGAUUGCCGUUCGGUACGCUGACAGACGAUUCGACGUCGACCAUCACCAUGCAGUCGUUACGUGGUCAGAGGAUACGUGACGCGGCACUAAUCGUCUGGGACGAAGCGCCCAUGUCUCCGGGACUACAACUCACGGUAGUCAAUAGGUUAUUGAAGGACAUCAUGGGAUCGGAAUUGCCGUUCGGCGGUAAACCGGUACUGUUCGCCGGUGAUUUCAGACAAAUACUGCCUGUCGUGCGCAGGGGGGUGAGGAGUGACAUCGUCAGGUCGUCGAUCAAAUACAACUGUUUGUGGCGUGACUUGGAACAGUUCAGUCUGACGCGGAACAUGCGCGCCGACAACGACGUGGACUUUGCGACUUGGUUGCUUCAGCUCGGGAACGGCCAAUUGCCAGAGGUCGAUGGUGUUCGGGACACCAUAGAAAUCCCCCGGGAAAUGGUGUGCGACGUCGCUAAUUUGAUUGAUUUUGUUUUUCCGCAACAAAUGUCGUUGGCCAACAUCGACGAAUUUGCUCGGAAAAUAAUUUUAUGUCCCAGGAAUGACGAAUGCAGGCAGGUCAACCGUACGGUGUUACAGCGCAUUGACGGAGCUCACCAGAGUUAUACGGCCAUAGACACUGUGGUGGUCGACGACCCCGACGAAGUGGCUAAUUAUCCUACAGAGUUCCUGAACACUCUGGAACCGGACGGACUGCCGCCGUACAACUUGACGCUUAAGGUAGGUUCGAUUGUGAUGUUGCUUAGGAAUCUAGAUUCGAAGAGACGUCUCUGCAACGGAACGAGAUUGGUUGUCACUGAACUGCGACGAUACAACUUCAAGGCGAGGAUGUUGUCUGGUGGUGCACAGGAUGAUAUAAUCAUACCUGCGAUACCACUCACGUCCAGUGGCGAAGAUGACCUGCCCAUCAUAAUGCGGCGAGUGCAGUUCCCCGUACGUUUGUCGUUUGCGAUGACCAUCAAUAAGUCACAGGGUCAAACGUUCGAUAGAGUUGGAUUGCUUCUGCCUUCACCGGUGUUCACACACGGACAACUGUACGUAGCCUUUUCAAGAGUGAGGAACUCUCAAUCCAUUAGAAUUGGUAUGUUUGGUGACGAUCGUGGAAGAUUUGUCACUAAGAACAUUGUGUACAGAGAAGUCCUACAAGCAGUACAAUGA